AUGUAACUAUUAAAUCUUUUUAGUUAUUUUUUCAGUAAAUAUGGCAAGAAACAGAUGGAAUAAAAUAUAACUCUAGGGCAAGAAAACAGUCAGACUGCCCCCCCAUCACGUCCAUACAGUCCCUUAUGGACAGGAUAUAUAAGAGAUUGACAGAUGGAGUAUUUCUCAGCAAUUUAAAAUCGAACAGUUAAAUGAAUGAAGACAAUGAGACAUUUUGUGAUUUUCUUUCUUAAAUACCCAGAAAAUUGUACAGAGUUUGGUUGAUGCUGUUUCCACCGACAGUACCUGGCUCUCCUCCCCGGCCUGCGCGUCCUGUGGCCGGCCUGCAGGAGGCGCUGCAGCCCGCUCUUCUCUCCUCCUCUUCCUCCUCCUCCUCCUCCUCCUCCUCCUCUCUCCUCCUCUCCGCGGUGUGUGUGCAAAGGCUUCCCCCGCUAUAAAGCUGUGAGAGGCGGCUGGAGGCUGUAAAGGCUCUCCAGCAGCCAGAGGAGGAGGAGGAGGAGGAGGAGGAGGAGGAUGAAGCUGUGUGUCCGUCAGCGUGGAGCUGAUCUCAGUUCAGUCCGUCUGAGCUGAAACUUUCUGGUGCUUUUCUCACUCCGGAGCUUCUUCUUCAUGCGCCUCUGAGAACAGAACAGGCUUCCUGUCCCGCCUCCACCAUGAGUGACAUCUACGAGUCGGCGGCCAACUCUCUGGGCUUGUUCAGCAGUCCCUGUCUGACCAAAGUGGAGCUGCGGCUCACCUGUAAAGGGAUCUCAGACCGAGACGCUCUGUCCAAACCCGACCCCUGCGUCGUCCUCAAGAUGAAGUCCCACGGACAGUGGAUGGAGGUGGAGCGGACGGAGGUGAUUCGCAGCUGUGUAAACCCCACCUACUCCAAGGUUUUCACGUUGGACUUUUAUUUCGAAGAGGUGCAGCGUCUGCGCUUCGAGCUGUACGACAUCAACAGCAGCCACAACGGCCUGAAGCAGGCCGACUUCCUGGGAUCAGUGGAGUGCACGCUGGGACAGAUCAUCUCUCAGAGGAAACUGUCCAAAGCUCUGCUCAGACCAGGAGGCACCGUGGGAAAGGCUAUCAUCACGAUCACAGCAGAGGAGCUGACAGGGAACGACGACUACAUCGAGCUCUCCUUCAGCGCCAGGAAACUGGACGACAAGGACUUCUUCAGUAAAUCCGACCCGUUUCUGGAGAUCUACAGGCUGAACGACGACGCCACGCUGCAGCUCGUCUACAGAACUGAGACCGUUAUGAACAAUCUCAACCCGGUUUGGAAAACCUUCAAAGUUUCUCUCAACUCGCUCUGCAGUGGAGACCACGAACGCAAGCUGCAGUGCACCGUGUGGGACUGGGACUCAAACGGGAAACACGACUACAUCGGCGAAUUCGAGGCCACGUUCAAAGAGAUGAGAGGAGCCAUCGAUGGGAGACAGGUGCAGUGGCCGUGCAUAAAUCCCAAAUACAAAGUCAAGAAGAAGAAUUACAAGAACUCUGGGAUUGUCAUUCUGAACCAGUGCAAGAUCAUCAAGAUGCACUCCUUCCUGGAUUACAUCAUGGGAGGCUGUCAGAUCCAGUUUACAGUAGCCAUCGACUUCACGGCCUCUAACGGAGAUCCUCGUAACAGCUGCUCUCUGCACUACAUCCACCCGUACCAGCCCAACGAGUACCUGAAGGCUCUGGUGGCUGUGGGAGAGAUCUGCCAGGACUACGACAGUGACAAAAUGUUCCCGGCGUUCGGCUUCGGCGCUCAGAUCCCUCCUGACUACAAGGUCUCCCAUGAUUUUGCAGUGAAUUUUAACGAGGAGAACCCGGAGUGUGCAGGUAUCCAGGGGGUGGUGGAGGCCUACCAGGCCUGCCUCCCCAAGCUGCAGCUCUAUGGUCCCACCAACAUUGCCCCCAUCAUCCAGAAGGUGGCCAACUCCGCCUCACAGGAGGUCCACACCAAAGAGGCCAUGCAAUACUUCAUCCUGCUGAUCCUGACAGACGGCGUCAUCACCGACAUGGCCGACACGAGGGAGGCCAUCGUCAAGGCCUCCCACUUCCCCAUGUCUGUCAUCAUCGUUGGGAUUGGGAACGCCGACUUCAGCGACAUGCAGAUGCUGGACGGUGACGACGGGAUCCUGCGAUCGCCUAAAGGAGAGCCUGUCCUCCGGGACAUCGUCCAGUUCGUCCCCUUCCGCAACUUCAAACAUGCGUCCCCAGCUGCCUUGGCUAAGACCGUGUUAGCAGAGGUGCCAAACCAGGUGGUUGACUACUACAACAGCAAGGGCAUCAAGCCCAAAGUGCCCAGUGAGUACCAGUCUUCCAGGCAGUUCGGCCCCUGAACAACGCCACCACAGCAGCCACCAAACAGCACAACCUCUCCUGGAUUGAGAAAAAUGUUUACUGUCUUUUUUUCCUGUGUUGAUGCUGAUGCUAAAGGUACUACAUGCAUCAUUAUACCAAGUGGCUCAUUUUAGACGUUAUUGUGAUCACUGUAGACACACAAGGCCAACAAGAAGCCUGUCAGCCUCUACACUGCAUUUUACAUUGGGAGGGAUUUUACAGGUUGGACUUUUUGCUGGAUUGCUUUAUGGCACAAAACAGGUAGAAGGCGUUUAUUUCCUGUCGUCAUCUUUUAAAAAGAGAAGAGAAGUGGGUGAAGAAAAUGCUGUUUAGGAUGCUCUCAAGGGGGAAACAUGACCUUCGCAUCAUACGAUGCACACAUGGGACAUGCAAGCCAGUAUGUGGUUUUACGUAGAAAACCAUAGCCAAGGUGUUUUGAUGCACAUUAUACGUGGGCAAUAUGUUUCACCCUUUAGUGUUCCUGAACACAGAAGCACAGGAGUCUCCUUGAUAAAUCAUACUAGACGACUCCUUUCUCACCCACAACAGAACCAACACAUGAUAUUGUUUUUCAGAACUGAGUAUCGGGCAAUCUUGUCGGACAUAAGGCUAAUGUGACUUAGAGGUCAUGUCAUGUGGGAGUAACUGUAAUUGCUAAUUUCAAACUGUUUUGCAAGCAAAUUUGUUAGCUAUGUAGCACUACUUUUGAUAUGCUUUUAAGAAGCUAAUGUUUGUGUUUCUCUUUCUUUUGUGUUUGUGUUUACAAUAACGUCCGGGUCACAUCAGCAUUUAUGACAAAUUAUCAAAAUCAGUUCAUUUCAGUGGAAUCGCCACAAUCAUUUGACUUACUUAGAAAUGCAAAGUAAAUCUAUGCACUGCUUUUGUGUAGAGGAAAGUUGCGUAGCAAACACUGACACACGUGUUUGUGGUGUUAACCAGUCGUAAACAGUCUUGACAGGGAAUGGAUGGAACAGAGUCCAAAACAGAGGAAGCUAUCAUGUUAGCUGCAUUGCACCAUCUAAUUUGAUAUAAUCCUCCUCUGACACAGUAUAAACUGCCAAAAUGUAUAGUACAAUCUCUUGAAUAAACUGUGAUAACUUUUUGACGAGUUAGCGACCGAGCCAGCUAGUUUGGUAACCAGUAGUUAGCUUGCCAACUAGGCCUGCAAAUAGUCACUACAUCACCAAGCUUCCAGCACUGCCCACUUCGUGUGGACACGCAAAUUAAUUUUGUGGUGCCACUUUCUGGUGUGACCAGGCACUAACACUCGCAAUCACCAUCUUGAGUUGUCCAGUGACAUGAAGGCUCACAAGUUAUAAACAUGGGUGUCUUUUGCUACCUUUAGUUCCAUUAUACAUGGACACAUCAUAGGAAGUAGAGGUUUAUGAGAAAUGAGGAACAGCAGCACUAAAAGUCUCUCAUCUCAUCUCAGUCGUGGUCCAACUUAGGUUUCAUGUAUAAAAUUGCUACCUGUAGCACCUUUAGCAUCCGUUGUGCAUGCGGGGCCUACAUAGGCUGAACUGAAUGUAACAUUCAGGAGUGUUUUUAACGGACGUGAAAAGCACACAAACACACAACACUGACCAAUCCAAACACUGCUUCCCUGCAGACAGCAUGACGGGCGGGGAAACAGUCGAUGAAGGAAUGUAUGAACCCCCCUGCUCUCCCCUUCUGGCUUGUUUUUAUAAGAGUUUAUCGAGAUUUUGCUAAAUUUCAUAAGGUUCGUAUGUUGUAAAGCAUUUUGGAUCUCUGCCAGAUGAACAGCAAGCUGCCUUCACAGACGUCUGCAUCCUCUACUGUUUUUUUCUAAAGGCGAGGCAGAUGCAUGAACUGUUGUUUUGCAUGCAAAUCUCCAUGAAGGACUCCUCGGUCCUUGUGGUUUCUGUUUCCUGGUAGUAAAUAACAUGAGUAAUAAUGACGUUUACAAUGUACCCGAUGAUGGGGCUGUUCUACUCUCAAGCAUGUUCACAUGUAAACGAAAAUGUGAGUAGAUUUAAAAGCACAAGUAUCUUUGGAGAGAUUUCUAGACUAUGGUGAUAGAUUUUAGUCACUUUGUGCCACAACACCUGCCCAUCUCUGUUUCAGUCUUUGAAGAACUGUUUCACUUUCUUUUGGUUUUCUAGACCUUUUAAGGGCACAAAAACACUGUCUACUUUUCUUUUUGUUUUUUAAGUGAAUACAUUUCUUGUCAGUUUUAGAAAACUUUCAAUGUAAACCUUCUAAAAUUCUACAGUUUGCAAGUUCUAAGUCAGGCUCAGACUUCACAACCCAUCCAUCCAUCCAUUUUUCACCACUGACGCAGAUCCGGGUUGUUAUGGCAGUGGACUAGGCAAGGUAGUCCAGACGUCCAGAGGUCAUGGUAUAUCUAGAAGCGCUAAGUCAAAGGCAACUGGACUGGUCCCAGGCAGCCAAGACUUCCUACCAGUACAAAAUUAAAUGGAACCAUUUGGAUCACAGGCAAUGUCUUCAAGAUUCUGAAGGAAGUCCAGUUGCCUUUGACUUGGCACUUCUAGAUAUCCUUUUCCCUAACCAUAUCCUCCAGUUCUUCCUCGGGAAUCUUAAGUUAUAAGUCAGGAUCAAACUUCACGAUCCAUCCUUCAAUUUUCUGCUAAUUGUCCGGGUCCUGGUCUCAAUGGCAUCAGGCUAAGCAAAGUAGUCCUCCCCGGUUACAUCCUUCAGCUCCUUCUGGGGGAUCCCGAGGUAUUCCUAAGUCAAAUGGGAUUAGUAAACCCUCAAAUUCUUGGUGGCACCUUACAGAUGCCUGGACUCCAUACAGAAACGGUUACUACUUCCGGCCACUUGUUUCUGUGAUCUCAUACUUUAGGUUACUACCCAAAACUCAUGGCCAAAGGUGAGAGUUGGAACGAAGAUUUACCGGUAGAGCUCCACCUUUAUGCUCAGCUCCCUCUUCACCACAAAAGGCUGGUACAACAUCUGCAUUACUGCUAAUUACUGCACCAAUCCGCCUGUUGAUCUUGAAUGUCCAAUUUUUUUCCUUUCUUCCGCUGAGUUUGACAACAUCUACUACUCCUGAAUUCCUGACCCUGGACGUCUGACUCUGUCCUGUUUUACCUGAUCAACUUUGCACAUCAUGUCAAACCAAUCGCUAGACAAGAACAAAAAUACUAGACUCUGACGAAAGACAAAAAUAUCAUGUAGUCUCAUUCUGGCAUAAACUAUCAUUUGAUAGAAAUAUUACUUCCUGUUUAUCGCAGUGUUAACCAGCACUUAUUGGCCAAGCAGUGUCAUGUGAUGAGUAAAAUCAUUAUUUUUAUGUUUUAUGUUUUUAAGUUAAUUUCAUGUGUUUUUACUAUAAACACUCAUUAAAACAAAGCAGGAUUUUUUCCACAUUAAUGACUUGUGCUGGCCAUUUCAGGAACCUUCUUAAUACCCUGUUUUUCAUACCUGUACAUUUCCAUAUUAUGUCCAACUACUACACAGGCCGUUUUUAGUUUAGCGUUUGGUUAGGAUUAAUGAUUGGAUGACUGGACAGGUGUUGGGACACAUGAGUUAUAUUUGUGUUAACAUGCAGUAUUGUGUGCAAAACAAUGAUAACCUGACUUAUGAUAAUAAAAGUUUUAACAGUAA